AUGUCUGAAGAAAAGCGGCAGUUUGAAAAUAGCAAUAAACAGCGCAAACCCUCCACAGAUCAAGAUGAUGAUACUGUCACGGUGGUACCACCAACUCUUACAUACUCACGCAACGAAGGUCAGUUUUUAAGUAAUAACUUUCACAGACUGUCUGACGACCACACCACAUUGUUUGAUGGUGAAGAAGGUCACAGAGACGAGGAUUUAUUGCCCUCAUUGCGUUCCUCCAGCUCAAAAGCGCAUUUAAUUUCCUCACAACUUAGUCAGUGGAACUACAACAACAAUAGAGUACUUUUAAAAAGGUCUAUUUUAAAGACACAGCAUUUCAUGGAUCAGCUUCAGGAAGAAAAUAAUAUCCGUCCUAUCUUUAUCGCUGCUAAUGAUGAGCGGGAGAAAUUACACGUUUUACAGCUGAAUAUCAAGCUAGAUGGUCAUUAUAAUACGAAAGAAAAAAAAGAUUUCAACAUCGAAAAAGAAGCUCUGUCAAAAUUAUUUCAAUCACAAAUCGAUUCAGUUACAAGUCACUUAAAUGCGUUGAAAAAAAGAGUGGAUGAUGUCUCUUCCAAAGUAUUCAUCACAGGUGAUGUAAAUACUGGUAAAUCGGCUCUAUGCAACUCUCUACUGAAGCAGCGUUUACUGCCUGAAGAUCAACUACCAUGUACUAAUGUGUUUUCCGAAAUAAUAGAAGCCCGCGAAAAUGACGGCAUUGAGGAAGUACAUGCUAUACCGCUGGGCAUAGCUGCCACACUCAAGGAAGCCAUUGAUAUGUACUCAAUACAAAAUCCAAAAACUUACGAAAUCCAUACAUUGAAAGAACUUCCCGAUUUAGUUCCCCAAAACGAAAAAUACGCAUUAUUAAAGAUUUAUAUAAAGGACGAUAAAAGGCCUGCUUCUACUAGUUUACUAAGAAAUGGUACUGUUGAUAUUUCAUUGAUUGACUCGCCCGGGCUGAAUAUGGACUCCUUACAAACCGCUGAGGUAAUGUCCCGUCAAGAAGAAAUCGAUUUGGUAAUUUUUGUUGUCAACGCAGAGAACCAACUUACACUAUCAGCCAAGGAGUUUAUUUCUUUGGCAUCUCGUGAAAAAAAAUUGAUGUUUUUUGUUGUGAAAAAAUUUGACAAAAUCAGAGACAAACAACGUUGUAAAGACUUAAUACUAAAGCAAAUUCGUGACCUGUCGCCAGAAACACAUAAACGUGCGGGUGAUUUUGUCCAUUUUGUUUCUAAGAAUGGAGAUGAAAUGCCAAGGUAUAAUAACGAUAAUGGUAGUGAAGAUGAUGAUGACGGAAGUCCUCACGACGAUCCAUAUUCUAACAAUGAUCCAGAUCCGGACUUUGACAGUCUAGAAGAUUCAUUGCGCAAUUUCGUUCUGAAGAAAAGAUCACUCUCUAAACUACUGCCUGCUAAAACAUACUUAUCGAAAUUAUUGAGCGAUAUAACAAUGAUUUCCAAAUCUAACAUGGAGAUGUAUACCAAAGAAGAAAAAAAAAUCAACGAACAAUUGGAAACAUUGAGACCUGAAAUAUUAAUUGUCAGGACAAAGUGUAAUGAUUUGACAACUUCUGUUGACCAAAUGGCCGAGGAAACAAUUGCGGCAACCUACAUAAAUACGAAAGAAGCGCUUCUCAAUGCAUUGGAUGUUCCACUGCACGAGUAUCCGAAGUACCAAGGGCUUGCUCAAAUUUACGACUUCAUUUUUUCAACGGAAGCUUUUAUUGUAGAUCAGAUUGAUGAAUCAAUAAGUUCAAGUGAAUUGUUUGCUAAACAACAGACAGAUGUGCUGGUAAAAAAAAUUUAUGAGAUUGGUAAAAAUGAACUUGGUGAUGAUUUUAUGUGUGAACGUGUCUUCAAAAGUGAACUGAUGUUUAAGAAAAGGAAACACUUGAUAGGAAAGAGGUUAAGAGUAUCCUUAUCAGUAGCUGAUUUGUUUGCACCAAGUUGGAAGGGGUUUUUGUCUUAUCUAAGUUGGCAGAAACCCGUCACAGCGCCAUUGCGGGAUAUAGAAAAUCAAUCGACCGAGGGUCAGAAUGGUGUAAUGAGGUCUUUGGGCUUGAAAAAUUAUCCUCUGACACAGUAUUGGUCAAAACCAUCAUUACUUUUCACAUCAAAGAUUCCCACGCUAACAUUAUACUUCCUAGGGAGUACCAAAGUAGUAGGAAACAUUAUAUUAAACGGUAUUAAGUUGUCAUCGUGGAGCUCACUCAAGAAGUUAUCAGUCCCAAUUAUAGUCGUGGGUUCCUUACUAGGAAUCACCUAUUUAAUCCAUGACCUGCCUCGUGCCUUACCCAUGAAUCUUUCCAAGAAAUACAAAAGAAAGCUACAGGAACUGGAUUACAUCCACCUCAACGCCCAAAGAGCUUCGAAUGAAGUACGUGAUGUUCUACGUGUGCCUACUCGUGAAAUUUUAAGGUCGUGUGAAAUAAUCAUGGAUAAGAAGCAAAUAACUAAGAAAGAAUUGGAAAGGAAAAAAGAAAGUAACUUGCUAUCAAUCAAAUUCUUCCAGUCCUUGUACGAGGGGACCUCGGCUCAAAUAGCAACGGUGGAGGAAAUUAAUCUAGAUAUUGAUUAG